GUGAAUUUGCUGAUUCCGAUCCGGAUGAAGCCCUACGAAGAGAUCCUGGGUGCGGAUUUCGUGGAGCACAACAUCCGACACGCGGGGAUCGACUACGACGGGAUCAUGAAGGCAUUGGAAUUACGGGGACAUGUCAUCAACGAGCCUUGGUGUCAUUCCAUCCAUCCCGAACUUCAGCGUCAGGCGGCACUGAGGGAAUGGUUCAGAGAGCUGAAGGCGACCGGGAGGAUCUCCUCCGCCACGGGACACGUGAAACCCAAGGAUGGGAAGAAUGCAGAGGAAGGAGAGAUGAGGAACUUCUUCAACGUGGAAUGGACGACUCUCCGUCGUCCCAUUGCUUUCCAAAGAAAAUAG